AAGGGUUUGUUUUAAGCCGGUGUUAAAAAUGUUCGUAGUGUAUUAAUCGAACAAUUAAUAAUACUAAUCAUCGUCAUUUCUUCUCCUUUCUUUCUCAACAGAAGUCGCGUUUCAGUUCCAUUUCCCCCUUCUCCUUCAUUCUAGGGCUCCGUCGCACAAACUAUAACAGAUUAAUCAUUUAAAUUUUUUUAAAGCCGCUAAAUCGAUCAUUAAAACAGAAUUUAAAAUUCAUAAUUAUAAUAAUCCCUAGAUCUUGAUCCAGCUGAAAUUUGUGUUUAUUUUAAUAAUGCGUGUAUUGUGAACGGCGAUUGAGAAGAUUAGACCUCUUCUAAUCGGCGAGAAGAGGUCGGGAUCUGGUGGUUGCGUGCGCAUUGAUGAGAAGGUGAAGCUCUGUGAUGAGAGAUAGGGUUUGGAGGUGAAUAUUUUGAGAGGAGGAAGAUGAAAUGGGUGUCGUUGCUUAAGGAUAUCAGAGAUAAGGUUGGAUUGACUAAUUCGCCGACCACUGCAACUUCUACUACUACUCCUACAACAGCUACUGGUUCCCCGUCGCCUUCGUCUUCUGUUUCGUAUUUUAAUCGCGAUAGUAAUGCUUCUCUUCAUGACUUCACAUCUUCUCCUACCAGAGACAGACAUGAACUGGAAUUGGACUUUAAGAGAUUUUGGGAGGAGUUUCGUUCAUCAAGUUCUGAGAAGGAGAAAGAAGUGGCCUUGAAUUUUACUAUCGAUACUUUUUGUAGAUUAGUGAAGCAUCAAGCUAAUGUAGCCCAAUUAGUUUCCAUGUUAGUUGAAACACACAUAUUCUUGUUUGUUUUGGGAAGAGCAUUUGUCUCCGACAUAGAGAAAUUAAAGAUCAGUAACAAAACAAGAUCUUUGGAUGUAGAGAAUGUAUUAAGAUUUUUUUCAGAAAUCUCAAAGGAUGGAAUCAGUCCUGGUUCAAAUUUGUUAACUGCUAUAGAAGUCCUUGUAUCAGGGCCUAUUGACAAACAAUCUCUCCUGGAUUCUGGGAUUUUGUGCUGUCUUAUUCAUAUUUUGAAUGCCCUUCUCAAUCCUGAAGUUAAUCAAAGACAAAAGGUCUCGAACUCUGAAGCGCCUCUGGCUUUUGAAAAAGAUUAUGAUGAUGUUGCGCAAGUUCGUCGGCUUGAGGUAGAAGGAAGCAUAGUGCAUAUAAUGAAAGCAUUGGCAAGCCAUCCUUCAGCAGCACAGAGUUUGGUUGAGGAUGAUUCACUUCAGUUGCUAUUUCAGAUGGUUGCUACUGGAUCUUUAACAAUCUUUUCUCGAUAUAAAGAGGGUCUUGUUCCACUGCACAGCAUACAACUUUUUAGGCAUGCAAUGCAGAUACUUGGUCUUCUUCUGGUCAAUGACAAUGGGAGCACUUCGAGAUAUAUACGAAAACAUCAUCUGAUAAAAGUUCUCUUAAUGGCAGUUAAAGAUUUCGAUCCAGAUUCUGGAGAUUCUGCUUAUACUAUGAGCAUCGUGGAUCUGUUGCUUGAAUGUGUUGAAUUAUCAUAUAGAUCUGAAGCUGGUGGUGUCAGGCUUAGAGAAGACAUACAUAAUGCACAUGGUUAUCAAUUCCUUGUUCAGUUUGCAUUAGUACUAUCUUCCAUGCCACAAAAUCAAGACACUCAUUCUACUCAUUCAAACAGUUCCUCUAACCAAGAAUAUACUUUUGAUGGCUCUCAUGCACAAAAUGAUGGAGAGCGAAGAGAUUUGAGAAGCAAAGACGAUCUCUCACUGAAGCCUUUAUCACCUGCAUUAUCUAGGUUGCUUGAUGUUCUUGUUAAUCUGUCUCAAACUGGUCCAGUGGAAUCUGCAGGGUCAUCUGGGGGAAAAGUUUCAAGGGCUUCUCACAUCAAGGCUUCUGGCCAUAGUAGAAGUCGCACACCGUCUCUUGAUCGGCUUGCUGAUGAAAAUUGGGAGAAGGACAAUACCAAAGUUAAAGACCUUGAAGCAGUCCAGAUGUUGCAAGACAUUUUUCUUAAGGCAAACAGCCGACAACUUCAGGCGGAAGUACUAAAUAGAAUGUUCAAGAUUUUCUCAAGUCACCUUGAAAACUAUAAAUUGUGUCAGCAGUUACGGACUGUUCCACUUUUUAUCCUAAAUAUGGCUGGUUUUCCGCCUUCCUUACAGGAGAUAAUCUUGAAGAUUCUUGAGUAUGCUGUGACCGUUGUGAAUUGUAUUCCGGAGCAAGAAUUGCUGUCUCUUUGUUGCUUAUUGCAGCAACCAAUAACAUCGGAAUUGAAGCUGACAAUACUCUCUUUUUUUGUGAAGCUUUUAUCCUUUGAUCAGCAAUACAAGAAAGUCCUGCGAGAAGUUUGCGUGCUGGAAGUUCUGUUAGAUGAUUUGAAGCAGCACAAGUUUCUUUUGGGUUCUGAUGAGCAAAGUGUUAAUCCUAAUCCUUCAGAAAGAAAAUCUGGCUCAAGAAGUUUCAAGAAGCACUUAGACAGCAAAGAUGUUAUUAUUUCUUCACCCAAGAUGAUAGAAUCUGGUUUAGGAAAAUUCCCCAUCUUUGAAAUUGAGGACACGAUUUAUGUUGCAUGGGAUUGCAUGGUCUCCUUAGUGAAGAAAGCUGAAGCUAAUCAGGCAUCAUUUCGUUCAGCUAAUGGUGUGACAACUAUUCUUCCUUUUCUGGUGUCUAAUGUUCAUCGUCCUGGGGUACUCCGCGUAUUGUCAUGUUUAAUCACUGAAGAUGCUGCACAGGCUCAUCCUGAAGAACUAGGGGCAGUUGUUGAAGUUCUCAAAAGUGGAAUGGUCACAAGUAGCGCUGGACAUCAAUAUAAACUUGAAAAUGAUGCAAAAUGUGACACGAUGGGUACCUUGUGGCGUGUGUUGGGAGCUAACAAUUCUGCUCAGAGGGUCUUUGGUGAAGCCACUGGGUUUUCUCUUCUUUUGACCACACUACACAGUUUCCAAGGUGAUGCAGGCCUGACGGAUGAAUCUUCUUUAGGGGUUCAUAUUAAAGUUUUUACAUACUUGUUACGCCUCAUUACAGCUGGAGUUUGUGACAAUGCUAUAAAUAGGACAAAGUUGCAUUCUAUAAUAUUAUCCCAAACAUUUUAUGAUCUGCUAUCUGAGUCUGGCUUGCUUUCUGUGGAAUAUGAAAAGCAAGUCAUACGGUUGUUGUUGGAGCUAGCUAUUGAAAUUGUACUUCCACCAACAUUAUCAUCUGAGAGUGCUACAGCAGCGGAUGUGGUUGAACCUGAGUCAAUUGGUUCUCUUAUAACGGCCCUGGGCCUCUUUAAUCCCGAUAAGGAACGAGUUUACAAUGCUGGUGCUGUUCGAGUUCUCAUCCGUUCACUCUUGCUCUUUACUCCCAAGGUUCAGUUAGAAUUGCUGAAUCUUAUUGACAGGCUUGCUCGUGCUGGCCCCUUUAAUCAGGAAAACCUUACCUCCGUAGGUUGUGUGGAGCUUCUACUAGAGAUCAUUCUUCCUUUCCUUUCUGGCACAUCUCCAUUACUUUCUUAUGUGCUGAAGAUUGUGGAAGUUCUUGGUGCAUAUAGGUUGUCAGCAUCAGAACUUCGACUGCUUAUUAGAUACAUUCUACAAAUGAGGUCGAUGAAUUCUGGCCAUAAUCUUGUUGAUAUGAUGGAAAGAUUGAUUCUCAUGGAAGAUAUGGCCUCAGAAAAUGUUUCUUUGGCGCCAUUUGUUGAGAUGGACAUGAGUAAGACUGGUCAUGCUUCUGUUCAGGUGUCUCUCGGAGAAAGAUCUUGGCCUCCAGCUGCCGGUUAUUCAUUUGUUUGUUGGUUUCAGUUCAAAAAUUUCUUGAAAUCACAGGUAAAGGAGACAGAACUUUCCAAAGCUGGCCCAUUUAAAAAGCAGAGUGGUUUUAGUGGUCAGCACAAUGAUCGCCAUGUUCUUCGGAUAUUUUCUGUUGGUACUGCAAGUAAUGAAAACACAUUCUUUGCUGAGCUUUAUCUUCGGGAUGAUGGCGUUCUAACCCUUGCUACGAGCAACUCUUCCUCCUUGUCAUUUCCUGGAUUAGAAUUGGAAGAAGCAAGGUGGCAUCACCUUGCAAUUGUUCAUAGCAAACCAAAUGCUCUUGCUGGUUUGUUUCAAGCUAGUGUUGCUUAUGUCUACCUCAAUGGAAAGCUCAGGCAUACAGGGAAGCUAGGAUAUUCUCCAUCGCCUAUCGGCAAACCCCUGCAGGUAAUCAUCGGGACACCACCUAGUUGUGCAAGAGCCAUUGAUUUGACAUGGAAACUUCGUUCCUGCUAUCUAUUUGAAGAGGUGCUUACAUCAGGGUGUAUAUGUUUCAUGUACAUUCUUGGCCGAGGAUAUAGAGGGCUCUUUCAAGAUUCAGAUCUUCUUCGUUUUGUCCCUAACCAGGCUUGUGGUGGUGGAAGCAUGGCCAUCUUAGAUUCAUUAGAUACUGAUUUACCCUUGGCAAACACUCAAAAGCUUGAAAGUGCUGUAAAGCCCGGAGAUAUCAAGUCCGACGGCAGUGGCAUUGUUUGGGAUUUGGAGAGGCUAGGAAACCUUUCAUUGCAGCUCUCUGGAAAGAAACUUAUAUUUGCAUUUGAUGGAACUUGCACUGAAGCUGCUCGAGCAUCUGGGACAUUUGCACUACUCAAUCUGGUUGAUCCCAUAUCAGCAGCGGCUUCUCCUAUUGGUGGUAUACCACGAUUUGGACGUCUACAUGGGGAUAUAUAUGUUUGUAGGCAGUGCGUGAUUGGAGAUACAAUCCGUCCUGUUGGUGGGAUGUCUGUUGUCCUGUCCCUUGUUGAGGCUGCUGAAAACAGGAAUAUGCUUCAUAUGGCGUUGACGUUACUGGCCUGUGCCCUUCAUCAAAAUACCCAGAAUGUUAGAGACAUGCAAAUGUAUCGGGGAUACCAUUUGCUGGCUCUAUUUCUGCGUCGUAGAAUGUCACUGUUUGACAUGCAAUGUCUUGAGAUAUUUUUCCAAAUUGCUGCAUGCGAGGCUUCAUUUUCUGAACCAAAAAAGUUGGCAAAUUUAAAAACUACCUUGUCGCCUGCUGCAACUAUGCAGGAAGCUGGUUUUGAGAAUCUUACUUUGUUAAAGUUUCAUGAAGAAACUUCUUCAUCAGGAUCUCAUGGAGAUAUGGAUUCAUUUAGUCAUAUUUCAGAGCUGGAAAAUGCUGAUAUGCCAGUUGAAACGUCAAACUGUAUAGUCUUGUCAAAUGCAGAUAUGGUUGAGCAUGUCUUGUUGGAUUGGACAUUGUGGGUGAUCGCUCCUGUCUCAAUUCAAAUUUCCCUUUUGGGAUUUCUUGAGCAUUUAGUGUCUAUGCAUUGGUAUAGGAAUCAUAACCUCACAGUUUUACGGAGAAUUAACUUAGUUCAACAUUUACUUGUGACUCUACAGCGUGGUGAUGUUGAAGUUUCAGUUUUGGAGAAGUUGGUUGUUUUGCUAGGGGUAAUUCUGGAAGACGGGUUUCUAACAUCUGAACUUGAAAAUGUGGUUAGAUUUGUGAUUAUGACAUUUGAUCCUCCUGAACUAAAACCACGACAUCAAAUACUGAGAGAGCCCAUGGGUAAGCAUGUAAUCGUAAGGAAUAUGUUGCUGGAGAUGCUUAUAGAUCUUCAAGUAACCAUCAAAUCAGAGGAGUUGCUAGAGCAGUGGCAUAAGAUUGUGUCAUCAAAAUUGAUUACAUAUUUUCUUGAUGAAGCUGUCCACCCUACUAGUAUGAGAUGGAUCAUGACUCUUCUUGGUGUUAGUCUUGCUUCUUCUCCUACAUUUGCACUUAAAUUUCGUACAAGUGGUGGUUAUCAGGGUUUGAUGAGGGUGCUUCCAAGUUUCUAUGAUUCUCCAGAUAUAUAUUAUAUUUUAUUUUCGUUGGUAUUUGGAAAGCCUGUUUAUCCUAGAUUGCCGGAGGUUCGCAUGCUUGAUUUUCAUGCACUUAUACCCAGGGACUGUAGUCAUGUUGAUUUGAAAUUUGUGGAACUUAUGGAAUCUGUGAUUGCAAUGGCGAAAUCUACAUUUGAUAGGUUGAGCAUGCAGUUAAUGGUUGCUCAUCAAACUGGAAGUCUUUCCCAGGUUGGUGCGAGCCUUAUUGCAGAGCUCAUGGAGGGGAAUGCGGACAUGGCUGGUGAGCUUCAGGGUGAAGCUCUGAUGCAUAAGACUUAUGCAGCACGCUUAAUGGGCGGUGAGGCAUCAGCUCCUGCUGCAGCAACCUCAGUCCUAAGAUUUAUGGUUGAUCUAGCAAAGAUGUGUCCUCCUUUUUCCGCUAUUUGCAGAAAGCCGGAAUUUCUCGAGAAUUGCAUUGAACUUUAUUUUUCUUGUAUUAGGGCAGCUUAUUCAGUGAAUAUGUCAAAGGCACUCUCUGAGAAAACAGAAGAGAAGAAUUUGAAUGAUUGCGAUGACACUAGUAGUUCUCAAAAUACAUUCUCAAGUUUGCCGCAUGAACAAGAACAAUCUGCCAAGACCUCCAUCAGUGUUGGAAGCUUCCCGCAGGCACAUGCGAGUACAAGUUCUGAUGACACAUCUGUGCCCCAAAGUUAUGUACAGGACGAUAAAGAGAAGAUUAAGAUCAGUGCUCUUAAUCGGGAUAUGGAAGAAUCAGCUCGCACAGGUCUUGAAACUGUUCAAAACAUGGAUGGGGAUAUUGUUGACCAGGUGUCUGCCAUCUCUAGUUCAAAUGAAUUAAACAUCCAAAAUAUUAACAGUACAAUGGAUUCUAUUCAUCUGGCAGACAGCCAGAGUUCGGCAUCUCUCAACAUAUUAGAUUCUCCCAUUAUGUCCGAGAAGUCAACUUUAAGAAUCCCGUUUACAUCCUCUUCAUCUCCUGUGGUUGCACUAACAUCCUGGCUUGGAGGUGCAAGUCAGAAUGAAUCUAAAUCUUCCUUUCAAGCUAGUCCUUCCAUGGAGUCCUCUAUUUCUUUCAGCGAAUUUGAUGCAUCUCUAGAUGUCAAGUUGCCCCAAGGGUCAACUGCUGCAAACUCGUCUUACUCUGUCAGCGCAAAGUUACUCCUUGAAAUUGAUGACUGUGGUUAUGGGGGUGGUCCAUGUUCUGCAGGAGCUACUGCUAUGUUAGAUUUUAUGGCAGAAGUGCUUUCUGAUUUUGUAACAGAGCAAAUAAAAGCAGCUUCGAUUAUUGAGGGCAUCCUAGAAAUGGUUCCUUUAUAUGUUGAUGCUGAACCACUAUUAGUUUUUCAGGGCUUGUGUCUUAGCAGGCUUGUGAACUUUGUGGAAAGACGUCUUCUGCGUGACGAUGAGGAAGAUGAGAAGAAGUUAGACAAAAGUAGAUGGUCAUCAAACUUAGAUGCAUUAUGCUGGAUGAUAGUGGACCGUGUUUACAUGGGUGCUUUUCCUCAACCUGCUGGGGUGCUGAAAACUUUGGAGUUCUUGUUGUCAAUGUUGCAAUUGGCAAAUAAAGAUGGUCGAAUUGAAGAGGCGGCUCCAGCAGGAAAGAGUCUCCUAUCUAUAACCAGGGGAAGUAGGCAGCUUGAUGCUUAUGUUCAUUCACUUCUUAAAAACACUAAUCGCAUGAUAUUGUACUGUUUUUUGCCAUCUUUCCUGGCCACCAUUGGAGAAGAUGAUCUCCUUUCAUGCUUAGGUUUGCAUAUUGAACCCAAGAAGAGGUUGUCCCUUAAUGCAUCACAAGAUGAGUCAGGAAUUGAUAUUUGCACUGUUUUGCACUUAUUGGUUGCUCACAGGCGAAUUAUAUUCUGUCCCAGCAAUCUUGAUACUGAUUUGAAUUGCUGCCUUUGUGUAAAUCUAGUUUAUCUUCUCCUUGACCACAGACGAAAUAUUCAAAAUGUGGCAAUUGAUAUUUUCAAGUAUCUACUGGUGCAUCGCAGGCCCUCACUAGAAGACCUUCUUGUAAGCAAACCAAAUCAAGGACAGUUUAUGGAUGUACUACAUGGUGGUUUCGAUGGACUAUUGACUGGCAAAUUAUCCGCAUUCUUCGAGUGGCUUAAGAAUUCUGAACAGAUAGUGAACAAAGUAUUGGAGCAGUGUGCAGUGAUUAUGUGGCACCAAUAUAUUGCUGGAUCGGCAAAAUUUCCAGGGGUGAGAAUAAAAGUUAUGGAGGGUCGUCGUAAGAGGGAAAUAGGAAGAAGAUCACGGGACAUUAUGAAGCUAGACCUACGGCAUUGGGAGCAGGUAACUGAACGUAGAUAUGCAUUGGAAGUUGUUCGUGAUGCAAUGUCUACUGAGUUGAGAGUUGUCCGCCAAGAUAAAUAUGGUUGGAUUCUCCACGCUGAAAGUGAGUGGCAAAAUAUUCUUCAACAACUUGUACAUGAACGGGGAAUAUUCCCAUUGCGUAAAUCUGCUGUAACUGAAGAACCCGAAUGGCAGCUUUGUUCCAUUGAAGGUCCUUACAGGAUGCGCAAAAAGCUGGAGCGCUGCAAAUUGAGGAUUGAUACCAUCCAAAAUGUUCUCAGUGGGCAGUUUGAAUUAGGAGAUGUGGAGCUAUCAAAAAAACACGAGGAUGGCCCUGAUGCAUCUGAUACCGACUCUGAAUUGUUUUUCAACCUUUUGACCGACAAUGUUGAGCAGAAUGGUGAUGAUCAUGAGAUGUAUGGCGAGUUUUUUAAACAACCAGGUGAUGCUAAAGGUGUAGCUUCUGCUAAGAGUGGAUGGAAUGAUGAUAAAGCUAGCAGUGUUAAUGAAGCGAGUCUUCACUCUGCUCUAGAGUUUGGUGUCAAGUCUAGUAUAUUGUCUGCCCCAGCAUCGGAGAGCCUGCAUGAAAGAUCUGACCCAGGAUCUCCAAGACAUUCAUCUUCAAAUAAACUUGAUGAUGUCAAAGUCUUGGAUGAUAAAUCAGCUAAAGAGCUGAAUGAUAAUGGUGACUAUCUGAUUAGACCAUACUUGGAACCUCUUGAAAAAAUACGUUUCAAAUAUAACUGUGAGCGAGUUGUGGGUCUGGACAAACAUGAUGGUAUAUUUUUGAUAGGAGAAUUUUGUUUGUAUGUAAUUGAGAACUUUUACAUUGAUGAUUCUGGGUGCAUUUGUGAAAAGGAUGGGGAGGAUGAACUCUCUGUUAUUGAUCAGGCUUUAGGUGUAAAGAAGGAUGGCAGCAUUGAUUUCCAGUCCAAGUCAACUUCAUCCUGGAACACAGUGGUAAAGACAUCUGUUGGGGGGAGAGCCUGGGCCUAUAAUGGUGGUGCAUGGGGCAAAGAGAAAGUGUGUACUAGUGGUAAUUUACCUCAUGCCUGGCACAUGUGGAAACUUAAUAGUGUCCAUGAGCUUUUGAAACGUGAUUACCAGCUCCGUCCUGUGGCUAUUGAGAUAUUUAGCAUGGAUGGAUGUAAUGAUCUUCUGGUAUUCCAUAAAAAAGAGAGAGAAGAGGUGUUCAAAAAUCUGGUUGCGAUGAAUCUUCCCAGGAAUAGCAUGUUGGACACUACAAUUUCAGGAUCAACUAAACCAGAAAGCAACGAGGGCAGUCGUCUAUUCAAGUUAAUGGCUAAAUCCUUCUCAAAAAGGUGGCAGAAUGGAGAAAUUAGCAAUUUUCAAUACCUCAUGCAUCUAAACACAUUGGCUGGGCGUGGGUACAGUGAUCUGACACAAUAUCCAGUGUUUCCAUGGAUUUUAGCAGAUUAUGAGAGUGAAACUUUGGACUUCUCCAACCCCAAAACAUUUCGUAAGUUAAACAAACCAAUGGGCUGUCAGACUCCUGAGGGUGAAGAGGAAUUUAGGAAAAGAUAUGACAGUUGGGAUGAUCCAGAAGUUCCAAAAUUUCAUUAUGGUUCUCAUUAUUCCAGUGCUGGAAUUGUUCUCUUUUAUCUUCUCCGGCUACCACCAUUUAGCUCAGAGAAUCAGAAACUUCAGGGUGGGCAAUUUGAUCAUGCUGAUCGUCUGUUCAAUAGUAUUAGAGACACUUGGUUAAGUGCAGCAGGGAAGGGCAACACCUCUGAUGUGAAGGAAUUGAUUCCUGAGUUUUUCUACAUGCCAGAAUUUCUUGCAAAUAGGUUCAACCUUGAUUUGGGAGAGAAACAAUCAGGAGAGAAGGUUGGUGAUGUUGUCUUGCCUCCUUGGGCCAAAGGAAGUGUCAGGGAAUUUAUUAAGAAACACAGAGAAGCCUUGGAGUCUGAUUAUGUUUCAGAAAAUCUGCAUCACUGGAUAGAUCUCAUAUUUGGGUAUAAACAGAGAGGGAAGGCUUCUGAAGAGGCUGUGAACGUCUUCUAUCAUUAUACGUAUGAGGGGAAUGUGGACAUAGACUCGGUAACAGAUCCUGCAAUGAAAGCCUCCAUUCUGGCACAAAUCAAUCACUUUGGACAGACACCCAAGCAGCUGUUUCUCAAAGCCCAUGGCAAAAGGCGGUCUGACAGAAAGCUUCCCCCUCAUCCUCUCAAGUAUUCCCCUUAUCUUGUUCCACAUGAAAUACGGAAGAGCUCUUCUGCCAUAACUCAGAUUGUCACUGUCCAUGAGAAAAUUCUUCUGUCUGGAAUAAACAGUUUGCUCAAGCCUAAAACAUAUACCAAAUAUGUAGCGUGGGGUUUCCCAGAUUGUAGCUUGAGAUUUUUGAGCUAUGACCAAGACAAACUCAUCUCGACACAUGAGAAUCUUCAUGGAGGCAAUCAGAUUCAAUGUACUGGAAUUAGUCAUGAUGGUCAAAUAUUGGUCACAGGUGCUGAUGAUGGGUUGGUUUGUGUUUGGAGAAUAGGCACACACGGGCCUCGUGUCUCGCAGCAACUACAGUUGGAGAAGGCUUUAUGCGGUCAUUCUAGCAAAAUUACAUGCCUUCAUGUUAGUCAGCCUUACAUGCUGAUUGUGAGCGGAUCUGAUGACUGUACGGUUAUUGUAUGGGACCUCAGUUCGUUGGUUUUCGUCAGACAGUUGCCGGAGUUUCCAGUUCCUGUUUCCGCAAUUUAUGUAAACGACUUAAGUGGGGAGAUUGUGACGGCAGCUGGUAUUUUACUUGCUGUUUGGAGCAUCAACGGAGAUUGCUUGGCCGUGAUUAAUACAUCUCAACUGCCAUCUGAUUCUAUUCUCUCGGUGACGAGCUGUACAUUUUCGGAUUGGCAGGACACAAACUGGUACGUGACAGGCCACCAAAGUGGCGCCGUUAAGGUAUGGCAAAUGGUUCACUGCUCUAACCAAGAAAACGGCCCAAGUAAAUCAACUGCCAAUCCGGCAGCUGGCCUAAAUUUAAGCGACAAGACACCAGAGUACAGGUUAGUUCUCCAUAGGGUGUUGAAAUCUCAUAAGCACCCCGUAACGGCUCUUCACCUCACGAGUGACCUGAAGCAGUUGUUGAGUGGCGAUUCCGGUGGACAUUUGCUAUCUUGGACCCUACCGGAUGAGGCCUUAAGAGCUUCCUUGAACCAGGGGUGAGAAAAAGGAUGAUAAUUAAAGUGUAAUUAUUUCCGCUGCUCAGGGCAGCUAACCUUAUUGGAUAUGCAAUGCUGGAUUUUGUCGGUCAAUUUUCUGAGAGGGCUGGCCUGGGAUUUACACAAUUUGGGCAAGGACAUGAUGAUCUAUUAAAACUGUCAAUUAGAUUUUGUUAAUACGUCGACAGGACAGUUCAUGGCUUCAUGUGCUCGGUGGUCGAAGCUUCUCGUGAGACAAAAAAACCAGAAGUGGUAGUCGUCGGCGGUGAAUUUUUUGAUUUUGUAGGAGAGGAAGCUGGUUUUUUUGUAUUGAAUGUACAUAUACUAACAGUGUGUAUUGAAGCUUGUAUAGAGGAAAAUGUACUGCGCCAGAAAUGAAGAAAGGGCAGUUAAAUGUACUCUUACCUCUACUCAGAUGGCCCUUUUAUUUUGAGGGACUUACUAGAGGGUUAGGUUAUAUAAUUAAAAGAUAUACCACCGAUGUGUCAUCAAUGUAAUUUAUUAAAUCUCAGUUGUGUUUGUAGGAAUUGUUCACUUGAA